UCGGCAGACGGUCUGACAACGUCGCACAAGUCGGUAGAAGCUUGGUUGGAAUUUCAUGAUACGUUCAUUUCACAACUUAAGUUCGUGAAUACCGUCUCACAAUCCUAGGCUCACAAUAACGAACGAAGAAGUUUUCAGUUCGCUGCACAAUAUUUGGUUACUUUGUUGUUAGUGUUUGGGGUAUUUUUUUGAUUUGGUAGUGUUUAAUGUGACUGCGUUUAAGCUAAAGUUAAUUCGAAAUUAACGGUGUUAAGUGAGUACUUAAUCUGUACUUAAAAGUUAAUGAAAUGAAACACAAAACCAUCAGCAGCAGUAGUUUAAACAACGAAGAGAAGAAGUCAAAUUUUACUAUUUAUGCAGAUAUGGAUAUACUUAAUAGCAAAGUAAAUUCAUCAAACUCCGAAGUGGAUACAGUAAAAGGAGGUGAAUUGGAAAUUGUUCAAAAAGCCCUAAAAUACCAAACAAAAAGAUGUCGACAGCUGGUGGGAGAAUACACAAGAAAACUUCAAGAAAAGGAACAGCAAUUCCAUACCGAGAGAAUGUUGAGGGACGACCAACUGGCUAAGGUGCUUAGGGCCCUCCUCAUGUUCGAAGCCAGGUUAAAGCAAGAGCAAAAAUUUAUCACCCAUCAGUUGCAAGAAAAAGAUGACAUUAUUUCGAGGCAGAACAAUCACAUUAAAAAACUUAUUUCGAAUCAGUUUUGCAAAAAUUGCAGUAAAUAUUACAACAGCAGCCCUGUUCAAGAGAGCCUCGAUAGCAGUUCCGAAAACGCUGGCAUAGACAAUGACUACCAAAGUUCAAAUUUUGAGUCUUUGGAUAGUAGCAGCGAAACUAACACAACUUUCUCCGAAAAUUGUGCACAGGAAGAUUUUAAAAUCGAAACGGAAUCCAUAAAAAAUAAAUUCAAAAAAAACAAAAACAGAGAUUCGUAUGGCCGAAGAUCCAAAAAACUUCAACACAGAAAAAGCAUCGGGACUUAUUUUGAAGUGUUAAAAUUGAGAAACGACAGUGCCAGUCCAGAAUCUAUUGACGAUAAUACCAGCAAUGAUUACGAUAGGCUAGAUUCACUACCUCCAGAGAGCGUAACCGAUAAAAUUAGCAUCGUCUCUGAAAGUAUUGAAAACCAUUUCAACAAAAAUCAAGAAAGUUUCUAUACGCCCAUGGAACCAAUGGAUUUAAGCGCAUUCAGUCCCAACGUCUCCGAAUGUAACGAUACUGUCAUCAUUCGAAAUAUCAAGAACGAAGACAGUAAAAUUCCUGAAAAAAUAUCCGAAACUAUUCCUGAUUUUGGAGAAGAAGGUGAAACCAACGAAAAUUGGUAUGCAAGUGCUAGCGAUCAGGAGGACGAGGAGCAUAGAGAUGUAUACAGAAAUAAUCCAGUAUUGGAAUGCAUGAAUCAAAUACUUCUGCAAAAUAUCAAUUUGAAUUCUCCACCGAAAACACCAAAUGUCGAAAGAAAGGCAGUUAAGAACAACAAGAAAGUCAAAUUUAGCGACGACGAAUCUCCUCCGAACAAGGAAGUAGUUGAAAAGGUUUUGAUUCAGGAAAACGUAGACAAUCAACAAAAUUACUAUGAAACUCCUAUACAAAAAUCUCCCAACUAUUAUGAAACACCUCAAAGUAUCUACAGCAAUGAUUACGAACAAAUUUUAAGCAAGUGUAACGAGUCAUUUUCAGAUUCCAUUAACAAAAAAGAAGAGAAAAAACCGAACGACAAUGAUUAUUUUUAUGUUGAAAUGGAAACAGAGAAAGAGCCUGAAAAUAUAAUUGUAAGAAAAAUGAAGAUACUUAGAACUCCUCCUGCUCUUCCACCAAAACCAACCAAUUUAGUUUCAAAAUAUAAAUUAAAGGCACCACCGAAAAUCGAAAUAAAAGACAAACACACCGACACGAGCUCAGAACCUGAUUAUUGCUCCAUAUCUGAAUUAAAUCUUCCUACUAAAAGUUUAUCGUUUAAAAAAAUAAGUGUGGUGGCCGAAAUAAACUCUCCUACAUCUAAUGACGUUCGAAAUAAACUGGAAAAACCCGAUGUGAAACCGAAAAAACCCGUGGAAAAUUCCGACUAUGAUCCGGUCAUGGUAAAUUGCGAGGUCCCGAACUUGAUUGUUCGAAAAUGCGUGGAAAAAUUCAACAUCCAGGUGGCCAAGCAAACUCCCAUAAAGUCGGAAGUUUCUACUGCCACGGUGAAUUUAAAAAGCCCCAAAAAAAUUGAACCGGAAAUACCGAAGCUACCUCAGGUAUCCGAAAUAAUAAUACCGGACGAGGUGGAGGAACCUAAAGAGCAAGAAAGGAUAACGCAGGACAAUUACGUGAAAAAUAACACGCAAUUCUUUAAAACAAAAACGCCAAACGAAUCUCGUAGACCCAUUAUUAUUGGUUCAUCCGUUUCAAGUUUGAUUACCGGGUUCAACAACCACAAACUUUUAUCGGAAAUAAAGAAGAGCCCGGAUUGUAAUAAGUUAGAUAAAUCGUUGUUUUCUAGUUUUGAGAACUUGCAAAACUUAGGUAAACAAGAUGCUACAAGAGGUGAGCCAGAAACUCCAAAUUUUGAGAAUUAUGAUUUGAGUCAAAAUUUUGAAGAGUUUAAGUUGGACGAUUGCGACAUCGAGGAAUAUAACGUUGAUAUGUCCGAUAUUUCAAUAUCUUCAGAAAAGUCCGAUAUAUCUCCCAUACAGUCCCCCACUAAAAACAAUUUGAGCAAAGUUGAAAUUAUCAGGGCCAAAAACGAUUUAAAUAUUCCAGAUUUAAACAAAUGCACUGUGGAGCUGCUAAGAAAGCAACUGGAAAGUCAAAAAAUUCUUAGAUCUAAGAGUACUCUAAACAGUUCUAAUAAUGAACCAAGCUAUGAACAUUUCUUGGAGUGUACAGGUCUCAGUACAAAAUCAAUUGGGUCGUCUAUUUUGACGCCAUCCAGACUUGUUAGCAAUCACAAGACCAUGCUGAAACCCAAGGAUGUUAAACUUAGGUCCAAAGUUAAAGCUAUCAAUUUGAUAGAGAGACACAGUACUAGUGCUAUAAAAUAUUGGUCUGAACCUUUUAUAUAAUUUGUAAGGUUGCUUAUAUUUCCAUUAAUUUAUUUAUUUUAGUUGUGUAUUUAUUUUUAUUCUUAAUAUAUUUAAGCAGUCACAUAAUUUUAUGGUAAAAUCAUGUUAACUAAAAACUAGUCUGUUAUUGUUUAAUGCAACCUAUUAUUCAUUUUAAUAACAAAGAGUUUAAAAUUACCUAUUUUACAAAAUAUUACUUAAAAUUUAAAGUUUAUUUUAUAGAAUUUAAAAAAAUUUUAAGUUAAAAAAUAUACUUUUGAUGGCAAUCUUAGAAUUGUAUACUAAAUUUUGUGUGUGCCAUACUUUAUUUUAAAUAUUUUAGGAUUUUCAAAAUAAACCUGUUUCCUUUUUUACACAAAAA